AUGUCAUGUGUUAUACUGGCCGGUGGAGGGCGUUACUGAGCAGUGUCUGCUGUGGUCCCCUUUAUAAUGGCGCGGGCUGUGCGCUCAUAUCGUGGAGCAGCUGCCGGAGUCAGAAUGACUACAAAAAGAAAACACAUACCAACCCUGGAUGAUGAAGAGGUUGAUGAGAAGAAAGUAUCUGGAAUUCGGAGGGAAAACGCCUCAGUCUCUAGCAAAUAUUUCCAGAGCCAGAAAACGCGUCUCUUAUCUGACUUUUACAAUAAGCCCUGCAUUGACCUGGCGAAGUCUUUCUUGGGACAGAUUUUGGUUCGCAGGCUCCCAGAUGGGACGGAACUUCGUGGGACAAUUGUAGAAACAGAAUCCUAUUUAGGAGGGGAAGAUGAAGCUUCACAUUCAAGAGGAGGAAAGAGGACAGAACGAAAUGUGGCAAUGUUCAUGGAACCUGGGACCAUAUACGUCUAUCAAAUUUAUGGCAUGUAUUUCUGUAUGAACGUUUCCAGUCAGGGAGAUGGAGCUGCUGUCCUUCUGCGCUCCCUAGAGCCGAUGGAAGGUCUUGAUACAAUGAGAAGGUUCAGAAAUGCCAAAAGAAAUGUGCAGAAGCCUCUAAAAGAUAAAGAACUUUGUAACGGACCCUCAAAACUUUGCCAGGCAUUUGCCAUUGAAAAGAAUUUUGACCGACGAGACCUUGCAAAUGACCAGAGCACAUGGCUGGAAGCUGGUCCAGAAAUUCCAGAGGAGGACAUUGUUUCUUGUGCACGAAUAGGGAUUAGUAAUGCCGGAGAAUGGACUCGUAAGCCUCUGCGUUUUUAUAUUAAAGAUAAUAAGUUUGUCAGCGUGCGAGACAAAACUGCAGAGACUUACGUGAAUACAUAACAUGUAUAGGAACAUUCAUUGGAAGGAUUUCAUGGCAACUCAAAAGCUGCUGUAAUAACACUAGUGUCAGUACAUUCUGCAAGCUAAUGUUUGUAAUACACAGAACAAAAGAACUGGUGCUUCACGAAUAAUCAAUUUCAUGUUGUAUAGUUUCCAGGUAUACAUUAAAGGGGUUUACCUACAAAAAUACUUAUUCCCUGUCACCAGUAGUCUGACCACUGACUAUCAGACACCUUUUCCCUUAUCCUGUAGAUGGGGGUAAG